UGCACUGUGGGUAGGUCAGGAUGCAAGCGGAGGACGCCAUGUGCUUCUGCUAGACGAGGACUGACAAACACACUGUUAGAGAGCCGAGUUGCUGCACCGGAGAGCGGGCCACACGUGUUCACUGAAGCGGUCUGUUCUAGACACCGGUUGUCAUGUACUGCACGAGACAUUGCGCCCGGAGCGCGCUGCGGAUAGCGGCGAUUACACACCGACACAAACUACAGACGGCGACAGUGUGUGCACUGCGAACACUCAAGACAAGUCCCGUCAGUCCCGAUGCCAUCGCUACUCCACCUCUUGAUGGAGCACCCAAGCAGUACUCAUCCAAAAUCCAGCAGCUCGUCAAUGACAUCGCCAGUCUCACUCUCCUAGAAGUGUCUGACCUCAAUGAGUUGCUCAAGAAAACUCUAAACAUACAGGAUAUGGGAAUGAUGCCCAUGGGGACAAUGGCCACAGCUGCGCCUGCUGCUCAGGCUGCAGAGGAGGAGGUGGCACCUGCAAAGAAAGAGAAAACCCAUUUUACAGUCAAACUGACAGAACUGAAGGCGGCUGAUAAAGUGAAACUGAUCAAAGAAGUGAAAAAUUGCAUUCAGGGUCUCAAUCUCGUACAGUCCAAGAAGCUUGUGGAGUCCCUACCUCAAGAGAUCCGGGCUAAUGUGUCUAAAGAGGAGGCUGAAAAACUGAAAGCAGCACUUGAAGCAGCAGGGGGCACUGUGGUGCUGGAGUGAAUAUCUGCGCUGGCCCAUUACUUGUUCAGUUGUUUCCUGUCAGUCUUUUUUUUUUU